AAACAAAAGAAUAGGAGAUUCGUUUUGAAGUAAAAGUCAAAGUCCGGCGGCUUUCCGGUUGAAAUAUAGAGACACGAGUCACAGAGGAUCACACAUCCAACGGCCCACAAUUAAUGCGAUCGUUAUUUUAGUAAAAGCAAGUCUUCGUCGCCGGCUUCUGAUUCUGGAUCUUCUCUUCUCUCACCCGCUUUCAGAGGUUGGCUCGCUUAAACACUUUUUGCUGCAUUUUGCUUCAAUCGCCUCCGAUCGGUCGAGUGUUUUUGUGAGUAUAUCAACUCGUUCACUGAUUCCAGCUCGUUCUAACCCCAAUUUCGCCGCAUCGUUGCUUGGAACUUGGAUAUCGUGACAUUUGAGGAUAUCAUUUGGUUGAACGGAAUAUGAGUUGUCUUGGCUGUUGUGGAGAUGAUGAGAUCAAUAGAAAUGCUGAUGGUGGAGGCCCGUACCCAGUAAAAACCGCAGCUGGCAAUGCUGGGAAUUAUCACACUGCUGAAGCCACAUCUAAAGAUCAGGCUGUGAAAAUACAGCCUAUUGCAGUCCCAUCAAUUCCCGUGGAUGAACUCAAGGAAGUUACAAGUAACUUUAGCACGGAUUCUUUAAUAGGAGAAGGCUCAUAUGGUAGAGUUUAUUACGGAACUCUUACUAAUGGUCGAGCUGCAGCCAUAAAGAAGUUGGAUGCCAGCAAACAACCAGAUGAUGAAUUCUUAGCUCAGGUAUCUAUGGUGUCAAGGCUGAAGCACGAUAAUUUUGUGGAACUACUCGGUUAUUCUGUUGAUGGAAAUCAACGUAUUCUGGCAUAUGAAUUUGCAUCUAAUGGAUCUCUUCAUGACAUUCUUCACGGAAGAAAAGGUGUUAAAGGAGCGCAGCCUGGUCCUCUUCUUUCUUGGGCUCAACGUGUUAAAAUUGCUGUGGGUGCUGCUAAGGGCCUUGAAUAUCUUCACGAAAAAGCAGACCCUCAUAUUGUCCACCGUGAUAUAAAGUCCAGCAAUGUACUGAUUUUUGACGAUGAUGUAGCUAAGAUUGCUGACUUUGAUCUAUCAAAUCAAGCUCCUGAUAUGGCAGCACGUCUUCACUCUACUCGUGUCCUUGGGACAUUUGGAUAUCAUGCUCCAGAAUAUGCUAUGACUGGACAGCUGAACUCAAAGAGUGAUGUUUACAGCUUUGGUGUCGUCCUUCUGGAGCUCCUUACUGGCCGUAAACCCGUUGAUCAUACAUUACCUCGUGGGCAGCAAAGCUUAGUAACAUGGGCUACACCUAAACUGAGUGAAGAUAAGGUUCGGCAAUGCGUUGAUGAGAGACUACAAGGAGACUAUCCUCCUAAGGCUGUCGCUAAGAUGGCUGCUGUUGCUGCCUUGUGCGUACAGUAUGAAGCCGAUUUUCGGCCAAAUAUGAGCAUUGUGGUGAAAGCGCUCCAGCCUCUGUUAAAUACCCGUGCUGGACCUACUGGUGAAGCUGGAUUGACAUGAACCCUGAAUCAGAAAGAUAUCCUCUCUCUCUCUCUCUCUCAUGUUCGUUCUUCAUCGCUAUUGUUUAAAUUAAACGAGUCCACUGAGGCGUGUAUUGUUUCCAUUGUUUUUCCCUUGCCAACCCAACGUGUAUCAUAAUGACUUGAAAAUCUAUGUAUCUGACAUUCUUUCAAUAUGUGAUAUUUGCCUACCCUUUUCAUACCA